AAAGAAACGUUUCGGCCCAGAUGAUACGGUGAGUGAGGCUGAAAAGAAACAAAUGGAACAAGAAGUCAAUGCCCUCGCAAAAGAUGUCCACAAAAUGAAUGUUGAAGUAAAAUAUUCAGUUAAAAAACUACGUCUCAUAGCCGAUGAACUCGAUGACGUAUGGAAAGAUUGCAAGAUUGCAUCUGCUCUUGGAAAUGGUGCUGGGAUCGUAGGUGGCUUGAUGACAAUUUCUGGAGCAAUUGCAGCAACUGCAACAGUUGUAAUUAAUCCUUUGGUAAUAGCGGGAACAGCAUUUGGAGUGGCCGGAGCUUGCGCAAACCUUGGUGCAAAUUAUGUAGAAAGCUCCGCCAAUUCCUCUGGUAUCGAGGAAGCGGAUAGGGCUGUGGCAAACGCUAACCGUGCAAUAAAUGACGUUAGGAAAAGAAUUCGCCUGUUGAAAGAAGGUAAAAGCGUGGCUCGACUGGUGUUUUGUGCCAAUCUUGCUGUCAAAAUGCUUGGUCCUGACCAUCAGGCUGUUGCCUUAAUAACGGGUCUUCUAACAAGAUGUGAUAGGCUUUUCAAAGUUCUUCCGGAAUCUGCAGUGCAUCUCAUUUCUCAACUAGCACGGAAACUUGGUGAGGCCACAACCAGUGCUGCGGAAAAAGUCGGUACACAAAUCGGAGCCAAGAAAGCGGGUGCAUUCAUUGCCGGAGUGAAUGCAUUUUUCAUAAUCGUUGAUACCGUGGAGCUGAGUUUCACUAUCAGAGAUAUAGUCAAAAAAAAAGGUUCGCGUGCGGCCCGAUGGCUCAGAUGUAAAGCAGAUGAAUUGGAGGAAAUUCAUUGUACGUGAUUUGUAAUACGAGACUCUCAUGUUGCGGGGUAUUGUCGUAAAAAGCUGUUUUCUAAGCACAGCUGUCACAAUAUGCUUUGCACUGCAGAUUAAGAAAAUGAGCUGAGCUUUAAAUAUUACGGUACUUAGUGUCGUAACUUUCUGGAAACUUUUAUAAUCUUUAAAUAUUCUGCCCUAAAUGCCUCUGUAUUUAUCCUAGGCAAGCGUGCUUAUUCCUAUUUUCUUCACUCUUUUUUGGGUUGGACUUUAACUUGGAAUGGGAUAAGUAAUUAGGCCUCAAAACAACAUAGUGCUAAUUGAUUUUAAACUUUAGAGGAAUUUAUCUUGAAAACAAUGCUUUUGU